AACAGUGGGUGUCCAGGCACAACAGACCAGGCAGCCCACAGCAAAGCAAGAUGUGUCAUCAGAAGCUAACCAUCUCCUGGUUUGCCAUGGUUUUGUUGGUGUCUCCACUCAUGGCCAUGUGGGAGCUGGAAAAAGAUGUUUAUGUUGUAGAAGUGGACUGGUGUCCCGAUUCCCCUGGAGAAACAGUGACCCUCACCUGUGACACUCCUGAAGAAGAUGACAUCACCUGGACCUCAGACCAGAGACGUGGAGUCAUAGGCUCUGGAAAGACCCUGACCAUCACUGUCAGAGAGUUUCUAGAUGCUGGCCAAUACACCUGCCACAAAGGAGGCGAGACUCUGAGCCACUCACAUCUGCUGCUCCACAAGAAGGAAAAUGGAAUUUGGUCCAGAGAAAUUUUAAAAAAUUUCAAAAAUAAGACUUUCCUGAAAUGUGAGGCACCAAAUUACUCCGGACGGUUCACCUGCUCGUGGCUGGUGCAAAGAAACACUGACUUGAAGUUCAACAUCAAGAGCGGCAGUAGCUCCCCUGACUCUCGGGCAGUGACAUGUGGAACAGCGUCUCUGUCUGCAGAGAAGGUGACCCUGAACCAAAGGGACUAUGAGAAGUACUCAGUGGCGUGCCAGGAGGACAUCACCUGCCCAACUGCCGAGGAAAUCCUGCCCAUUGAACUGGUGUUGGAUGCACAGCAGCAGAACAAAUAUGAGAACUACAGCACUAGCUUCUUCAUCAGGGACAUCAUCAAACCAGACCCGCCCAAGAACCUUCAGGUGAAACCUUUAAAGAACUCUCAGGUGGAGGUCAGCUGGGAGUACCCUGACUCCUGGAGUACUCCCCAUUCCUACUACUCCCUCAAGUUCUUUGUUCGAAUCCAGCGCAGGAGAGAAAAGAUGAAGGAGACCGAGGAGGGGUGUAACCAGAAAGGUGCGCUCCUUGUAGAGAAGACCUCUAUCGAAGUCCAAUGCAAAGGCGCAAACAUCUGCGUGCAAGCCCAGGACCGCUACUACAACUCCUCGUGCAGCAAGUGGGCAUGUGUGCCCUGCAGGGUCGAAUCCUAGGAUACAACUUUGGAAGGAAAGAAAAAUAGAAGACAUUAGAAAAGAAAAUUUUAAACUCAGGAUGGAAAAAAAAAAAAAAAAAAACCCCAAAAGCUAUUUUCUGCUUGGAUGGCUUCUUCUAAUUUUUCUAAGCUCAUCAUGAUACCUUUGCUAUAUUUCUAUAUGUAAAUGUUAAAUGCCCACCGAGACAAUGAGCUAAUUUAUGCACAGAUAUUUUAGCAUUUCACUUGGCCUUAUGCUAUUGAAAUAUUUAAGUAAUUUAUGUAUUUAUUAAUUUAUUUCUGUAUUUAACAUUUGUACACCAAGAUGUACUGAAUUUUUCAUGUGCUCAUGGCCUGAUCCACAGAGACCAGGCCCUAUUAUGCAAAAUGUGAACUUGGUAUCUUCUUCAACAGCUUUUCAACCAAGGCUGUGUAGGCACAUUGGCUUUUACGACAACCAGUAAGAACAUAAUAUUCUGACACAAGCAGGGUUAUAUAUUCAUGACCAGUAAAGACAGAGGUGGUAUUUAGAGACAUGAAGAAACUGUAAAGUAGACUCUGAAGAGUUUAGCAUUAGUUUUAACACCAAGGAAGACCUCUUAGAAACGAUAUCGAUAAGAAACCAGGGCCUUCUUUGGAAAGGAACCUCUGGGUACUUAAAUCUAAAAGAAUGUUUAAAGGCCAAGUAUUGGUGGCAUAUGCUUUUAAUCCCAGCACUCAGGAGACCAAGUCAGGCAGAUCUCCGUGAGUCUGAGGACAGCCUGGUGUACAGAGUGAGUUCCAGCACAGCCAGGGCCACACAGAAAUUCUGUCUCAAAAACAAUU